AUGAAAGAUCCAAAACUUCAAAUAGCAAUUGAUAGGGGUGGUACUUUUACUGACGUUUGGGCAAAAAUACCUGGAAAGGAAGAAAUUAUUUUUAAGCUCCUCUCUGAAGAUCCUUCUAACUAUGAAGAUGCUCCAACUGAGGGGGUAAGGCGUGUAAUGGAAGUAUUUUCUGGUGAUCAAAUACCAAAAGGUACCAAAUUAGAUGGAUCACUUAUCGAAUGGAUAAGGAUGGGUACUACCGUUGGAACAAACGCUCUUUUAGAGAAAAAAGGUGAUAAAUUUUUGUAUGUGACAACUGAAAAUCUUGGAGAUGUUUUGGAGAUUGGAACACAGGCAAGACCAGAAUUAUUCAACCUAAAUGUUAAAAAGCCUACUCCUCUAUACACGGAAAUUCUUGAAGUUGAAGAACGAGUUACAAUUGAAAAUUCUAGUGAUGAUCCCAAUCAGACUAAAAUUUGUCACGAUGAAAAAGAACGGGUUUUCUUGACUAAGUCAGGCAUAUAUAUUAAGGUUCUCAAAGAAUUAAAUAUUCGAAAGACGACAGAGAAACUGGAAGAGUUCUACCGAAAAGGAUACAGAAAUAUAGCUGUGUGUUUAGCACACUCGUCUAUCUAUGAUAAACAUGAACAAGAAAUUAAGCACAUUGCAGCCGAAAUAGGUUAUGAAUAUAUCUCUCUUUCUUCAGAACUUGCUACAUCUAUGGGCUUACUUCAGAGGGGGAACUCUGCUUGUAUUAAUGCAUAUCUAACUCCUACCAUCCAAAAGUAUGUCAAAAGGUUUUCCGAUGCUUUUAAAAAUCCCCCGAUAAUAGAUUUCAUGAAAUCGGAUGGAGGAUUAGUCAAGGCAGAAGAUCUUAAUGGGUUAAAUUCAAUUCUUUCAGGACCUGCUGGUGGUGCAGUAGGGUUUGCAAAAACUUCUUAUGAUGGCAAAACACCUGUUUUGGGCUUUGAUAUGGGGGGGACUUCAACUGAUGUAUGUAGAUUUGAUCACCAGUUAGAAGUGAUAUAUGAAAACAAAAUAGCAGGAGUAGAUGUUGUGGCUCCUCAACUACAAAUUCAUACUGUUGCGGCUGGGGGAGGUAGUGUUUUGAAAUUCGAAAAUGGGUUAUUCCAUGUUGGACCGGAAUCAUCUAGUUCAAAUCCGGGUCCUGCAUGUUAUAGAAAAGGCGGGCCGUUGACUAUCACGGAUGCUAACUUAGUUCUUAAGAGGCUUGAGUUAGAUCAAUUUCCAAGAAUAUUCGGUCCUAAUGCCAAUGAGCCAUUGGAUCAAAAUGUUACGGAAAUUAUGUUCCAAGAACUAACAGAUAAAGUCAAUUAUGAGUUGAAAACAAACUUCACCAAACACGAAGUGGCAAUUGGGUUUCUCGAAGUGGCUAAUGAAAAGAUGGCUAGAAGUAUUAGAGAAAUAUCUGAAGCAAGGGGAUUUUCUACAAACGAUCAUAUAUUAGCUGCUUUUGGGGAGGCUGGAGGUCAACAUUGCUGCGCAGUUGCAAGAAUAUUAGGUAUAAAAACUGUGGUGCAGCAUAAAUAUUCUUCGAUCCUCUCAUCAUACGGGAUGGCCCUUGCAGAAAAGACUAAUGAACUUAAAAGGCCUUACGAUCAAAAGUUCUUGCCUGAAACGCUUCAAGAUUGUCAGAAAAAGCUAGAAGAGAUGUCUGUCGAGUGUUCCGCUUGCUUUACUUCAGGAACUUAUAGUGAAGAUACUGUGAAGCCUCUUGUUGAAAAAAGUGUUGGUCUCAGAUUUAAAGGCUCAAACACUAUUAUUCAGAUUUUCAUCAAGGAUGAAUCUGAUUAUUCUUCUGUGGUAAAGUCUUUUCUUCAAACGCACAAAAGAGAGUUUGGAUUUCUUCCUCCCCUCAGCACUGACGUUUUGGUUAACUAUAUCAGAGUCAAAUCUUCUUUAAAAGCUGAUUCGGACAAAUGCGAUUAUAAUUACAAAGCAGAAGUCGAGCAAUAUAGGAAAAACGGACUUAUCAAACCAGUUCCGUCUGGACAACAAAGCAUAUAUUUUGGGAAACAUCCCACAGUCACUAAUCUCUAUCAUUUGAAGGACUUAAAAGAUGGAAUGGUUAUUGAAGGACCCGCUCUUCUUACAACUGAAACUCAGACACUUUUAGUUGAAGAAGGUUGUACAGCUAUUUUGACGGCUAAUUAUAUAGUUAUCGAGAUUGGUAAUAACGCUGAAAAGGGGGAUUUAAGUACUCAGAAGUUAGGCUCAAUCGAAAUUGAUAAUCCUGCAAUGCUUAGUGUUUUUGGAAAUAGGUUCAUGGGCAUAGCUGAACAAAUGGGUAGAACUUUACAACGAACAAGCAUUAGCACAAGCAUCAAAGAGAGGCUUGAUUUUUCUUGUGCAAUAUUUAGUUCAGAUGGUGGCCUUGUGGCAAAUGCUCCCCAUAUUCCCGUGCAUUUAGGUUCUAUGCAAUAUGCUAUUGAAUAUCAGCAUAAACUAUGGAAAGGUCGUUUAAAACCUGGUGAUGUGCUCCUUAGUAACCACCCUGAAGCCGGAGGGACACACCUCCCCGAUUUGACUGUUAUUACUCCUGUUUUUGACAAAAACGAGGUGGUUUUCUAUGUUGCCAGUAGGGGACAUCAUCAAGAUAUUGGAGGUAUUGGAAUAACGGCAAUGAUUCCUAAUUCAAAAGAAUUAUGGCAAGAAGGUGUUUCAAUCAAGAGUUUCAAAGUUGUUAAAGAAGGCGCUUUCGAUGAAGAUGGAAUAAGAGAACUAUUUGAAAUUCCAGCAAAAUUUACAGGAUCCAGUGCAACUCGAAAUAUUGAAAAUAAUAUUAGUGACUUAAAAGCUCAAGUAAGUGCAAAUCAGCGAGGCAUUAAUUUACUCUACGACUUGAUAAAGGAGUAUGGAUUUCCUUUGGUCGAAUAUAAUAUGAAAUCUAUACGAAAAAAUGCCGAAAAUGUGGUUCGUGACUUCCUACGUAACCAGGCACGUAUCAAUAGUAACAAAAUCAUUUCUGCUGUUGAUUAUUUUGAUGAUGGUACCCCAAUUAAAGUACAAAUCAAAAUAGAUGGUGAGAAAGGGGAAGCAUUUUUUGACUUCGAAGGAACAGGGGAAGAAGUUUAUGGAUGUAUGAACUCGCCUCCAUCUAUUACCUAUUCUUGUGUUAUUUAUGUUCUACGUUGUCUUAUUGAUAAAGAUAUACCCCUUAAUCAGGGUUGUUUAGCUCCUUGUACAUUCAACAUUCCUAAAGGAAGUAUUUUGAAUCCAACAGAAUUUGUAGCUGUAUGUGGCUCAACUAUAUCGGGGCAAAGAAUAACCGAUGUGAUUCUCAAAGCCUUUGGAUCAUGUGCAGCAUCUCAAGGAUGCGCAAAUAGUUUUGGUUUUGGAACUGGGGGGAAGGAUCCAUUAACAGGAGAGACACAAAAAGGUUUUACUUAUGCUGAAGCCAUAGGAGGAGGAGUUGGUGCUGGUCCUUGGGGUUGUGGUGCUGACGCAUGCAAUGUUCACUGUACUAAUACUAGAACAACUGAUAUUGAAAUAAUUGAAGCGAGAACACCAGUUAUUAUAACAGAAUGGAAAAUCCGAAAAGGCAGUGGUGGAAAGGGAAGAUAUUAUGGUGGGAAUGGAUGUGUGAGGGAAAUUGAAGCAAGAAUACCUCUUAGGGUGUCUAUUUUAUCGGAGAGGAGAGUUUUUGCACCGUACGGACUCGAAGGGGGCGAAGAUGGAGCCAGAGGCUUGAACUUUUGGUUCAGGAAGAAAGAGGAUGGAUCAUACGCGAAAACAAGAAUUGGUAGCAAAGAAAUAUUUCAUGUUUCUACUGGUGACCGUGUUCAGAUUAAUACCCCUGGAGGUGGUGGCUAUGGUCUUCCAACAUAA